GGCACGUGCUCGACGUGUCCCGUUGGCGAUGACGUGCUCGUCUACCUCGACAUGCUCGGCCAAGGCUGUUUCCAUUGGCUCCAGCCAACUCAACGCCGUGUACAGUUCCGCUGCCAACAACGGGCUCUUGGUCGUCGCGUGCAUCGCCGCCGUCGCUGUCGUCGCCUCGGUGCUUCUUGCCAAGAAGGCGGACGGCUACGUCUCCAUGGAAGAUGGCUACGCCCGCCUCGCUGACGACACGCGCUACGCCUAA